GAUACUGUGCGCCCUCCGCGGGCCUCAAGUUUACGGACAUCCCGAACGGCCUGGCGGCUUUGAGCAAGGUGCCGGGAGCUGGCUGGACCCAGAUCUUCCUCUUCUUGGGCCUCGUUGAGAAGGGCCUCUACACCUUUGACCCGACUCGUCAGCCGGGCGACUACAAGAAUGCGGGUGUGCUGGGCGUGCCGAACGGCAGCACCAUGACACCUGGCGAAGGCCGAAAUCGCAAGCUCAAUUCCGAGCUGGCGAAUGGCAGGUUGGCCAUGAUGGCCAUCAUUGGCAUGUUCUUCCAG